AUGGGUAUUCCCAAGUUUUUCAGAUACAUCUCUGAGAGAUGGCCGAUGAUAUCACAGCUGAUCGAUGGUACGCAGAUCCCAGAGUUUGACAAUUUGUAUUUGGAUAUGAACUCCAUUCUACAUAACUGCACUCACGCCAAUGACGAUGAUGUGACCAAGAGAAUGACAGAGGAAGAGGUGUUUUCUAAGAUCUUUGCAUACAUCGACCACCUGUUUCACACAAUAGGCCCCAAAAAGACAUUUUAUAUGGCCAUCGAUGGUGUGGCACCUCGGGCUAAAAUGAACCAGCAGCGUUCGCGGCGGUUUAGGACCGCUAUGGAUGCCGAAAAGGCUUUGCAAAAAGCCAUUGCGAACGGCGAAGAAAUCCCUAAAGGUGAACCAUUCGAUUCCAAUUGUAUUACUCCUGGCACAGAAUUUAUGGCCAAACUAACGCAGAACUUGAAAUAUUUCAUUCACGACAAGGUUUCCAAUGAUUCCGCUUGGAGCUCUGCGAAAAUCAUUCUAUCCGGCCAUGAAGUUCCCGGAGAAGGUGAACAUAAGAUUAUGGAACAGAUUAGACGUUUGAGAUCCCAACCGGACUAUGAUCCUAACACCAGACAUUGUAUCUACGGUUUAGAUGCUGAUCUGAUUAUGCUGGGUCUUUCAACUCACGAUCCGCAUUUUGCUCUACUCAGAGAAGAGGUAACUUUUGGCAGGCGUCAAAAAUCACAAGCUCUGGAGCACCAGAAUUUUUUCUUACUGCAUAUUUCCUUGUUAAGAGAAUACUUGGAACUUGAGUUUAAUGAGGUAGCCGAUGAUCUACAAUUUGAAUAUGACUUUGAAAGAAUGUUGGAUGAUUUCAUUUUGGUGAUGUUUGUCAUAGGAAAUGAUUUUCUGCCUAACUUACCAGAUUUGCAUUUGAACAAGGGUGCUUUCCCAGUGCUGCUUCAAACUUUCAAAGAGGCGCUGAAGCACACCGACGGUUACAUAAAUGAACAAGGUACUAUUAACCUUCCCAGGUUUCAAGUCUGGUUACAGUAUUUGUCGGAAUUUGAGUUGAUGAACUUUGAAAGGGAUGACAUUGAUGUUGAAUGGUUCAACAAGCAAUUAGAAAACAUCUCGCUGGAAGGUGAGAGAAAAAGAGCAAGAAUGGGCAAAAAGUUGUUGCUAAAACAACAGAAAAAGAUAGUAGGAAUGCUAAAACCUUGGUUAUUAAAGACAGCCUCAACACAUUUUGAUGCAAACACAUUAUCCGAAGACCACGUACCCACGUUUUCUUUAGAUGAAGAAAUCAUUAAGGAAAAUCUACCGUUUUUGAAAGAACUAGCUUUUGAUCUAGGCUUGUUCGUGGCUCACUCUCAGUCGAAAGAUAACUACUAUCUACAGCUCGAUAUUGAUGGUAUCAAUCCUCAGGAGUCCGAAGAAGAGCAUGAGUCUCGGAUACAGUCUUUGAGAAGAUCGAUUAAAAAGUACGAACAAGCUGUGCUCAUCGAGAACAGCGACGAACUGGAGGAGGAGCAGAAACUUUACAACCAGAGAUUUGAGAAGUGGAGAGAUCAAUAUUACAAGGAUAAACUAGGAUUCAGUUACUAUGAUGAAGAGGAACUGAAGCAGUUGACUGAGAACUACGUCGAAGGUCUUCAGUGGGUACUUUACUAUUAUUAUCAAGGAUGUCAGUCCUGGUCUUGGUACUAUAAGUACCAUUAUGCACCUCGUAUUUCCGACGUGCAAAAGGGUCUAAAUCAAAUAAUAAAAUUCAAUGCCGGCAAACCCUUCAAGCCAUUUCAACAACUAAUGGCAGUCUUGCCCGAGAGAUCUAAAAACUUGAUACCCACAGUCUACAGGCCCUUGAUGUUUGACCCAAAAUCACCAAUCGCUGACUUUUAUCCAAGCGAGGUAGAGUUAGACAAAAAUGGGAAAACUGCGGACUGGGAAGCUGUUGUGAAGCUUUCGUUCGUGGAUGAAAAUAGACUUAUCGAGGCUAUGAGUCCUUUAGAUGAUAAACUAUCUCCUGAAGAAAAGAAAAGAAAUAGUUUUGGAACUGACUUGAUAUUUGUGUACAACCCUCAAGUUGACGGCAUUUACAAAUCCCCCCUUAACGGCCUCUUCUCUGACAUUGAACAUAACCAUUGCGCAGAGCGCGAAUAUGUGCCAAAGUCAAUGGAAGGCCUUGAAGUGUUGUUUGGCCUUCCCUCAGGUGCCAAACUAGGUACUCAAGCUUUAGCUGGCUUCCCAACGCUCAAGACACUAUCAUUCAAAAACCACUUGGAAUACAAUGGUUGUAUGGUUUUCCAGCAACCUUCUCGGCAGCAGUCUAUGCUUCUGGACAUUAAAGAUGCUUACAAUGAAAGCAACUUGACUCUGGAUGAAUUUGCGAAGACUCAUUUGGGGAAUGUGGUAUAUUCCAGGUGGCCAAAUCUUAGGGAGUCCAAAGUUCUCUCUGUAAUGGACGGUCAAAUUUGCUUCGAAAUCUCAAGUGAUCGCAUGAGUAAAGGCGGCAAGGCCAAGAUAGUUCAGAGAAACUUAGAGGAAGCUGAGAGGAAGUUUUUCUACUCCCAAAAGGCCAACAUGCGUAGAAAUUACUCCGUUCAGAAGGGUGUGUUAUUGGAUGAUGUUCGUGCUAUAGUUCGCGUCGUUCCGGUGAAUGGGCUAACAAGAACCGAAGAUGGCGCAUACAUCAAAACCUUUUCCUCGAAUGAAGAGUUUUAUCCAUUACAAGUGAUAGUUGAGGAUGUCGAAAAUAAAGACACACGCUUCAUGGAAAGACCUCCAUUGCCAAUUGAAGAAGAGUUCAUUGAGGGUUCGGACGUCAUUUUUUUGGGAGAUUAUGCUUACGGGGGGAAAGCAACCAUUGACGGCUACAGUAGCUCCACUAGGUUAAAGCUUACAGUUGAAAAGCAUACUACCAAAUCAGAGCCUACAGCGGGAAAAAUGAGAGCUCAGCUUGACGAAAAAAUGAUCCGAUACUAUCCAUCAUUUGUAGUUUCCAAGAAAUUGCAAAUUCAUCCUUUGUUUUUGUCGAGAAUUACAUCCCGGUUUAUGGUUGAUGGAUUUGGCGAAAGACCAACAAAUUUUGGUUUAGAGAUCAAGUUUGAGUCUCGUCAUGAGAAGGUUUUGGGCUACGCCAGACGUAACAUGAAAGGUUGGGAGUACUCCGACAUGACCAUAGCUUUACUAGCUGAAUACAAGAAGAACUUCCCCGACUUUUUCUAUAAAAUGUCAACUCAGGCCAAGGAAACUCCUUCUUUCGAAAAAAUGUACCCAGGUUCCAAACGUGAAGAUUUGAAAGCCAUGGUUAAUAGUGUUCGUUCUUGGCUAAAGAAUGUCAAGCAAAAUUUUGUCACCGUGUCAUUUGAGAGUGACUCUUUGACUAAAGCUUCGAUGGCUGCUGUAGAAGAAGCUAUCGAAAAGUAUGUUAAGACCCCCUCUGAAGUAAGCAAGAAACAGCUGGCUAAAGUUCCUCGCGAGGCCGUUCUUGAUCCUCAGGUGUCUUCCUCUUUACUUCGUACCCAAAAAUUUGCGCUUGGGGACAGGGUCAUAUACAUUCAAGACUCAGGAAAAGUUCCAUUAUUUUCAAAGGGCACAGUAGUGGGCUAUACUACCAUUGGUCCCAAAUUGUCAAUUCAAGUUCUCUUCGAUAACGAGAUUGUGGCAGGGAACAACUUUGGGGGGCGGUUAAGAACUAAGCGCGGUUUAGGUCUCGAUUCUUCAUUUUUGCUCAAUUUGACCAACCGGCAAUUUAUCUACCAUUCUAAAGCCUCCAAGACAGCCAAGGAAUCGACGAAGAAGAACCAAAAACCAAAUAAGAUGGUUCAAGGGAAGCCUAUGACGAAGAACUCCUCUGUCGACUAUAAGAAGAAGCAAGCUCAUGAGCUACUGACUCAUAUCAAAAAGUCGGAAUCAGAUUCAAAGGAGGGGAAGAAUGUUGGAAAAGCAAAUGGUGGGAAUGAGGAAUCCUUAGAAUUCGUUGGCAAUAGUGGCCACCCAGAGCCAGCCUCUCAGAACGACCGGGCCAUAGCAAGCAAUAUCUACAAUGCAGUCUUCAACCAGUUCAAUGGCCAACCUCCACUUCAACCACCCAAGCAUAUUCCACACGGGCUCCCUUAUGACUUGCCUCCUCCAGGUGCCCUACCACCUCAUUUAGUGGGGAACAUUCCACCACCAGGAUUUUACCCAGUGCCACAUCAAGGGGGUAUUCCUUUUGUGCCACCGUCUGCAAGCCAAUACUCUCAACACCAUCAUUCUCCUGUUCAUGCAUCAGCCUCAGAGCACAUAAUGGCCGCGCUCAACGGAAACAAUGUUGACCAUAACGGCAGUAUAUCUAAUGGCUCCGUGCAGAAUGAAAACGUGUAUGAAGAUGAACAAAUGCACCAGGACAAUUUUCGCGGACAGAGAGGAAGAGGCGGCUUUAGAGGGCGGGGAAAUGGCCGUGGCCGUGGCCGCGGUAGAGGAAGAGGCUCUUUUAGAGGAAGGGGACGAGGUGGCGCUGAAGUUUAA